GUGCUUCCUUGCAUCCAUCACAAUGGGAAUGGGAGUGGCUAUACUGAGAAAGGAGGCGUACCUAUAAGUUGAGUUGGCCAAUCAGCAUCUGGAGGAGGCGGGGCUGCGUUCAAGGGACGUGAGGAGAAAGGGAGCUAAACAGUAAGCAGGCAGACAGAGAGAGAAUAGCAGCGGAGGAAGGGAUGUGUGUGCUUCCGCUGGUCGGUGCUGCAGGUACGAUCACAGCCGGAUAACAGCGUUCAUAGCGCCGCACCAGAUUGCGGCGAGUCCCCCGGAAAUUUCUCUGUGUUCUCCACGCGCAAACUUACACAAUGUCCGGCGGUGGAGACAUCCGCGUCCUCCGCCAAGAAGCCGGCCAAGAGAGUCCGAGGAUGCCGGCCUGGAAGCGAGAAAUCCUGGAGAGGAGGAAGGCUAAGGGCGGCGUUUCUGCGGGGAGCCCUGCCCCGGAGACGAGCCCCGGCGGCGCUGCGGGGACCCAUCACGUCAACGGAGAUGUAACGGGAAAUGUGAACGGCAUCAGCGGUGGUACGAGAACAGACGGCGGGGCGAGCGGUGUGUCCGGGCGGAACUACACCAUCACCACGGCAAGCCAACAUUUCGCCAACAACAAAGAGCCCCGAGCGGCGGCCGCAGAGAGGACAGCACCCAGGGAGAGCCUGGUGCUGCAGGAGAGUCUGGGUCCACUGGAGGAGAACCCGUUCAUCAAGCUGGAGAAGGAGCGCAGGAAACGACAGGACCGGGAGAACGCCACCCGUCCAGUUCAGCACAUCCUGGAGCUGUAUGGGAGCGUCCCCGGAGUCCGAACCAUCCGGGCCGAGAAUAUCAUCAUCAUCGAGUCGGAUCUGGAUUACUUUCCGGAGGCCGAAGAGGGUAAAAGCUGGCAGCAGAACGGCAUGGACACCUACAGCUCUCUGAACGACCUCCUGGACCGGAGAGGCAGCGCUGUGACGGAGAUAAGAGCAAAGGAGGUGGUCAUUUAUGACACCACGCUGAGCCGGAGUGAGGAGAACCUGAGCACUCUGGGCCGCCCUGACCCUGAUGGCCCCCAUGAUGCAGGGGAGGGCCAAGGGAGGGUCAGCCGGAUCCUGCAGAAGUUCGACAGUAACUAUGGAAAGCUACAGAAGAAGUCCCACAGCACAGAGAACCUGCUGGACCUAGAUUGUAGUGCCAGUACCAGGCCAAGACAUUGGUCCAAGCCACAGCCAGAUCUGGUGCCAAAGCCCAGGCCAAGUCCAACUGUCAGCAGCCAGCCAACAUCACCCAUCUUCCAGACUCCUUGGACUUCCAAACCUAAGCCACACCCGGAACAGCACCACCCAGGGUCGCCCCAGCCGGUGUCCUCCUUUCGGCAGAUGUUUGAAGGGGCCCAUGUCCCGAGCGUUGUCUCUAGAGACGAGCCAGACAAAGGUCAGAGCAAGCUCACCAGGGAGCGAGACUGGGAGGGUGCAGAGGUGCCCCCCAAACCUAAGGUGCCAUGUUCUCCGGAGACCCGCCGUGCUCGUGCCGAGUCCUCCACAUUGCCCGUCUCUUCAAAGGUUUUACGUUCCUCCUCUGAGUUUGAGAUCCGCCCCUCCCCUAAGCCAGACGUCAACCAGAUCCCAGACGGGGACAUCCAGGCUCGAGCCCUCGCAAACUUGCGUCUGCAGUCAAAAAACUCCUUUACAGUGGUCCCCAAACGUCAACUCCAAGGGUCGACUGCAUCCAGCAACCCAGGACCACCAAGUCCAGUCAAGUCCUCACCAUCACACAGAGCCGAGGCGCCCUCGCCAGGAGUGCCAACUCCCCGCUCCCCAACGCUCAGCCCAGCGCUCACAAAGAAGAAAGAGGAGAAGGUGCUGGAGAAGAAGGAAUAUGAAGCCCCUCCUGUUCCUCCUCCAGCCUGCGAACCCACUGCUCCUUCCUCUCCACCUGUCCUGACCUCAUUCUCUUCUUCACCACCAUCUCCAGUUCCAAAACAACUCAGCGUGGAAAAACUGCCAGUCACAAACAUAGAUGAUAUCGAGGUGGAGCCACCGCAGCAUGUCCCUGUCCCCAGCCCCAUGGUGCAAAGGAAAAAGGGUAACACCUUCACCGUGGUGCCUAAACGUUCAGUGGACCCCCAGAAAGGCUCAGCCGAGCCCCUGCAGGUGGCUCCAAGUGAGGCCCCACCGGGAUCCACUCCACCACAACCCCAGUAUGCACAUCUGGGCAGCUUGCUGAAGAAACGCUACCCUGCUGUGGAGGAGAUAGAAGUCAUUGGAGGGUACCUGAGCCUUGCAAAGUCCUGCCUUUCCAAGACCGGGUCGGUGGGCAAGAAGCUAAAGAUCUCGUUCAACGAGACGACCCUUCAGAGCACGUAUGAGUAUCCAUCAGAGAGUAGUGUGUGGGACAGCGGUGAGGAAGACGAGGAGGAGAAGCAGGAAGAGAAGCUGGCCGAGGAGCAGCCGAGCAUGGUGGGACGUUUCCACAUCCCGCGGCCCAGCCUGAUCGGCUCGCCUGUCCAUGCAGAAAACGGCAACGACCUUUCCAGCUACAUUCCCAAGCACUCUGUAGACUUCAAUGCCUGGCAGGAAAACAUACAAGAAGACAAAGUGUACCAAGAAGAACCCACCUCGCCGCAGAUCACAGAGGAGGUCAUGCUGACUCCGGCCGACAGCUCUUCCCUGUCCGACUACAGCAGCGAGCCGGCUCUUUACUUCUGAGUCCGUCACACCUCCGGCGCUCCGGGCCUGACUGAAAGCACACGCCGCUCUGAUCCCGCUGUUUUUCUGCCAUAGAUUUCCCAUUGGGGAAGUUUCCGACUACUUCGGGAUAAAGCAACAAAUUGGAAUUAAACAGGAAGAAAACAAAGAAGCAGCUGGGCUGUGUUUCCCCCUCUGAUCGUGGACAGUUGACCUGUCCUACAGUCUCGCUUGUUGGUGAUGGAGAUCAGUGUUAGGAUGUGUUUCUCUGCUUCUGUACAGAUUGUAAAUAGCAGACAUAAAAACAACAAAAAAUGAAGGUAAAAGGGUGCCACAACUAUUUUUUCCCAGUUUUUGUACGUGCAUGUUUGAUUCCAGCUCCUGUUCUACUGUAAAGCUUCUCUUUAUCUUUCUUUAGUUGAGGUUUUCUUGCUGUAUUAAAGUUGCUGGAUGUUUCUCGAAGGUGUUUAAAAACUUCCCUUCUUUGUUUGGAAGGAGGUGAAGAAGACACCCAUCAGUAGCAGCUUUUAUUCCGUAUCGAAUGCUCGGGAAAAAAAGUGACCUUCGCCAAUAAUAUUAAUAAUAAUCUCUGUAUGUCCAAACAGAAAUCAUCGCUCUGCAGAAUGUGUUUAUGUCAACUCUUCUACCGACAAAUGUUCCGAUUUGAUGACUGUUUCCGACUUCUUUUCUGUGAGGUUCAUGUUUGCAUGUGGGAAGGAAACCAGCAGGAGCAGGAAAAGCUUCUCGCUGGAUUUUUAAAAACAAGUGUCUCCAGUCAGACCUCGACUAUUUUCCACGGAGAGAGCAGCCGGUUUAAAUGAAAUUUUGGUGGGAUCUAGGCAUGGGUUGGAUUAAGAUUAUCAUGGUGUAAUCUUGCGUAAAAAAGUCACUUGAUUAGCACAAACUAUUUAAAAUGAAAAUGUAGAAUAUGAUCUAAUUAUCCCUAUAGUUGCCAGAAUAAUGUCACAUUAAGUAUUACAGCUUUAAUUAGCUUGUCAGCUGUAGUCUUAACGUAAAACGAUUGAUGGGUUGAGCUCCAUUAGUUUUCAUGCCAUAUCUUUGUUUUUUUUAAGCAACUGGAAAAGUUCCCAUUCAGCCGAAUUUGUCCUUCUUGUAUGUGAGGAAAAAGUGUAGUUGCCUCGUUUCUGCCAGUUGGUCAGCAGUGUGUAGUAACAAUUGUUGGAGGGCUCAUUUUCAUAUAUCAGCUUGUUUAUAACAACUUUAAAUAAGAAGGGGCUCCCAGCAAAGCCACACACCACACACCUCACCGCUGUCUCACCACACCACACUCGCUUACGUCUUCAGCUGACGUUCUCAUAAAGGAGCACAAGUACUCUCUUGGAAGCCUUUCAUACUCCUCUACAUGCAGAAAGGCACAUACUAUAUUCUUCUGAACUCAUCUAUUCUUCUCUGCCAACAGUGUUACCUUUAAAAGAAGUGAUGGAAGGAGGCAGAGCAGCAUGGUUCUCCUGUUGGGUAUGGACAACUCCAUUCCUUCAGAGCCGGUAUCCUGUAUCUUUUAGAUGUUCCCCUGGUCCGCCACAAACUUGAUUACAUGCUGAAAAGAUAAUCAAACCAUUUGGAUCACAUUUAAAAUAUGCAGGAUACCAGCUCUUGAGGACUGAUGUUGAUCACCUUUGUCCUGUUUGUUUCACGGCAUUAUUGUCCCCGGUUUCUAGAGAUAUUUCCAAACAGACAAACUUGUCUUUUUUGUAAAUAAGGUAAAGGUCUAUGAGCCUUACUUCAGCUAGCUGACUGGCAGUGCACAGCAGCAGAUGGGGAAAGGGCAGCAAUGUGUUACUCUGGUCCAUUCAGUCUGACAAAACCUCUGCUCAUUCAAGCAUUCCUCUGACAUUUCAUUCGAAGGAUUGUAACUUCCAGUUUUCUUCAUAUCUGACUUGCCGGUCGGUCCUGUUAUUUUGGGUUUUUUUCCUCCAAGGGUCAUAACCCAUAAUAGAGAAAAAAAUGCCGUUUCUUCUACGAUAACUUUGAAUCCAACAGAAAAUGAAGGUCUAAUAAAUUUAUACCCAUUCACGCAUUAGAGUGUACCAGAGUACAUGAUGUUGGUUGAUGCAUUUAUAGAAAAUAUUGGAUGUUUUUGGUCUUGAUCUAUUUGAUAAAUAGGUUUUCUUUAGUAUUUGACCUGCUGAGAUCAGAUCAUAUUCCAUCCAGUGGGGAUUAGAUGAUUCUGACCUCUAGUCAGUUGAUCAGUACAUUUCUGUUUAGCACUAUUUAGGAUCUUAAAUCGUUUCAACAGUUGAGCAAAGGAAGCAAGGGGCAGCUGCUUUUCUAUUUAGGGGAAGAUAAAGAUUGAUUUGUGAAUCACUGGCACAGCAUUGUAGUUCAUUUAAAAAUGUAUCAAGGAUCAAACCAAAUAAGAGCAGGUAAAAACGAAAAAUUUACUGAGAAUGGACCCCUGAGUAACCCCACAUAUCAAGUGAGAAAUAGACCAAAUAUGUUGGGAGGUCUUAGUAUUGACUCAAAUACCAGAUGGGGGUAAAAGUGUGGACCUGUGAGCCGAUCAGAGUUAUUUUACCUGCCAAUCAUCAGAGCAUAUUGGAGCAAAAAUUGGAUAAUUCUGAUUUCUGGCCAUUUUAUUGGUGAAUCUCGGUUUAACACUAUCCAGAAUCCAGGCAGGAUCUCUCUUUCUUUUACAUCUCAUUUACAUAUUUAUUAAGAGUUGAAAUAUGACCAGUUAAAUACAAAGAAAAAAGACUGAUGGGCCAAGAAUGGACCCCUGGGGAACCUCAUAGGUGAGUAACAAAUUUGAAAAUGUUUGGAGUUUUUGGUUUUGAUGCCUUUAAUUAAUACAGAAAAAAAAGAGGACCUAUAACAGACAUGCUGAUUCUGAGCUGUGGCUGCCUGACUGGGCCAUCAAAACAAUAGUUUGAUGCAAGUUUUGCGCCAUAACCUUUUUUAAACCUGGGUUUACCUUAAAUUCUGGUUACCAACCCAUGCCUAGUGGGAACCAGUGCAAUGAGGAUGGGAUCGUGUAUGUUUGAAAGGUUGUUUUUUUUACCAUUGUGUUUUUAUACGAAGGUUUAAAGUUCUCAGAUGAUUUUGUUUGUCUUGAACUCGUAAUGCCAACUGAUUAAAGUGUUGCUGUGCUGGCCUCAUAUUUAUCCUUCCACCAGUAUUCCCAAACACCAAGACCCAUGUGACUGGUCAUUUUCUCCUGUCUUCUGGAAUCUUUUCUGUCCUUGAAGCUGGAUUUUUGUUUUCUUCUGAUGAAAUCUUGGAGUCUUUGAUGUUGAAUGUCUUUUGCACUGUCAUGCCUUUUGUAAGCUGCAUUUUUGCACCUGAUGAGUGAUGAAAACAGACAACGGAAGAAACGUUAGGAACGAGAAGCCAACCUAAAGGGUUUGGUUUGAAAGCUGGAGCCUGAGGUUUAACCACUAAACCUGUAAAAACACAGAGGUGGAUUAGCAACAAGCAGAAGAACAUUAUGAUAAAGUAAAACUGCCCGGCCGAACAAGAUGAAUGCACUGCUGAUUGUUGCCACGCUGGCUUGUUUUUAAACGUUUGCCGCAGCCUUGUAUUAAAGUCUCAUGAUUGUCGGCCUCGUCACUGUGACCAUACAUCCACGGCUCCACAGCAGGUCCAAAGUAGCCUUUAAAAUCUUCUCCUGAUUUGUUCUCUUGGUCGUUCGGCAGAUUUCUAGUUGUGGAUGUUUGUCAACCAGCUUUUUCUGGUACAAACAGGAGCCACCUGUCAUGUUUGGCUAAUUCACACCAACCAGGGGGAUGUAAAAUGGAGUAAUUAGUUAUAUGACCCCACUAGAAGGUGGUCCCCUUGUUGUGACCAGGGGUCAUAAAGGGGUCAGCUGGUUUAAAGAUGGUUAUAUAAGAUUUGGGCAUGUUUAUGGCCAUUUAUAACCACAAGUCAUGAUGAUGCUUAAAUAUAAAGACAAACUGAUCCCAUGUGAUUUAGGUAUGUGGACAAAAAGGCUUUGCUUGAGUAGGAAAUGGGGAAACAUUCUUCUUCUGCUGAUUAUUAGCAAACAAUUUUUGUUUUUGAAAGUGGUUUCAUAUUGAUGCAGAAGCCGUUUUAUUGAAACUAUAAUCAGAUUAGCUUGAAUCAAAGGAGUGAGAAUUUAAUGUUAAUGUGGGAAAAAAAAAUUUAUUUUUAUUUUCCAAGUAGCCAGACUACCUUGUAAUCUUUUAAAGCGAUCUCCGGCUUUCUGAAGGUCUUUUGAAAUAUUUUUUCUGUGGACGUCUGUGUUUGCGUUCCCCACUCAUCUUCACCCCAGUUCUUGCACCUAAAAGUUGUUUCAUCAGAUUUUUGGGUUGGAGGUCGAGUCUCUGCUGUUAGAGGGGCUGUUGAAGCAUCUUUGUAAAGGUAGACUAAAGCAGGAGCUGGACAGAUGGACCGAUUUGAAAAGGGAACCUCUUGAUAUUCUGGUCGGUUUUUGGUCCAUCUUUCCAUUAUGCUCAGGAAAUAUAGAUUGUGACCCAUAGAAUGAGUCCGGAAUCCAAGCUGCUGAAACUUUAUCUCUGGAGAUAAGGUUACAAGCUCCGUCUUCUGGAGUGAGCUGAAAGUAAAGCUGUUGCUUCAUGUUGAAACGAGUCUGCUGAGGGGCAUUUGGGUAUCUGAUCACCAUACUUUCCAGAUGCAGUCCUUUUGGAGGUUUUCCAAACAAGUCUUACUGGUUGAAGACCUAAAGGAAAUUGCUUCUGGCCUUGGAAGCUCUUGGGAUCCUUACCAGCAGCAUGUCUCAAGGAUCCAUGUCCCAAGUUAUUUAAUCAAUGAAUUCAAUUUCUUUGAAUCAAUGAAAACCUCAAAGCUAACACAAUUUGAGACUGAAAAUAGGAUUUUAGCUCCACAAACGGUGAUUUCACAAGACCUAUUGGCUGAAAACAUGCCAUGCAGUUGAUCAGCUGAAGGACGAAGCAUCUCUCAGAUCCUUAUUGGUUUGUUUAUAAAGACCAGCCUUCCAGAUGCAGUUUAUAUAAUGGGGAUAUUUGUUUGCCUGAUAUUUAUUCUUUAGUCCUCAACUUGCCCUUUUUAAUAAAUGGACGCAGGACAAUAUGCUGUCAGGAACAAGAGCUGCAUUGAAAAUGUUCGAGAAGCUGAAAGGUUUAAAAGAAAAACCCUUAAAGGUCCUUCAAAAAGCCUGGAGAACUACUAUCGAUUAAGACCUUUAAAAAUGAUGCUUUGGAGAAAAAUAUUUAAAAAAUGAAGGGCUGUUUAAAGACUCCAAUUUUAUGUCAUGUUACAACAAACUUCAGUGUAUUUUAAUGGGAUUAUAAUUAUGAAGUUCAGAUCUCCACAGAAUGGUUGUAACUCUAUAAUUAAGUGAUCUUCAAGGUAAACUGGUUGCAGUGGAUUUUAUUUAGGGGUAUCAGAGUAAUGUGGGCUGAAUACAAAUGUAUUUUGAGAUUUUAUGUGAGAGAUAAAUCAGAAAGGUGUGGUGUACUACCCCUGGAGUCCAGUGUCACUGCCAGACAUAACCUCUAUCAGUGAAUCAACUGCAUAAACCCAGUAAAAUACAUUCUAGUGGUUGUAGUGUCCAUAAGGGCAGAAGUUCAAAGGUCAUGCCACUAAAUAACUGAUUGGAACAACACAAAUGUAAAGCAUGAGUUUGUAGUCUGCAGCAAUGUGGAGCUUAAUUUAGGUUUAUUAAAGUUUUAUUCAGAGCUGCUGUGGAGCCGUGGUUGGUAGAUGGUCCAUCCGGUGGUGACUGCCCCUCCCAGUCUGCCUGAAGCCAAGCCGACAAACCCGACUGUGACCGGGUGGGAGAAAAGAAAAUGAUGGUCUUAGACGACACCAGUAGAUACAAACGCACGUGUUCACUCGGAUUCAGCUGUGCACCGGUUCCCCCCGCUGCACAUAGAGCAGUUAGCGUCAGACUCUGUACAGAGCUUCAUCCAUCCAUCCUGUUCAUCCUUUAUUUGCUCCUUCCUGUCUGUAAAUCUUCAUGUGCUUACUGUAAACCUACUGUCUACAAUCUGAUCGGGACAAUGAAGAUGUCAUACAUGUAAAAAUGAAAGCUGAAUAAAUAGACAACUUGAAGUAAAAA